CCAGACACUUCGACGGGACUCCUGGAUCAUCAUGGAUUUCAUAACGCGUAUAUAAGUGUUGGUCAGACUCUCAAUAUCAAUCACAUCUUCGCUUAAUCAUGUCUCUUUCGCUCAUGUUCUGCGACCCAUCCACUGAGUUCGACAGGCUAUUCGACGAUGCUUUCGACACCCGUUUCCGUCCCUCGCCUGCUAAGGGCAAUGAUACCUUGACUCGUCGUUUCAGUGAAGCGCUGCCCAAGAUGGACCUACACGAGAACGCUGAGACCAAGACAGUAACCGCAGCAUUCGAGCUCCCCGGUCGCAAACCCCAAGAUGUCAAUGUCAACGUCCAUGGGAACCGCCUGAUCAUAUCCGGGGAGUCGACGAAACACUUGGAGAAGCAUGAGAAGGGCAGCUAUGCGGUGCAGGAACGCUCGCAUGGCAAGUUCUCCAGGACCCUUCUGCUCCCUCAGGGAAUCAAGACUGAGGAUAUCCAUGCGAAGAUGGAGAAUGGAGUGCUCACGGUGAGCUUCCCGAGCGCUGGACCAGAUCAGCAACCCCAGCGGAUUGAGAUCGCGUGAAGACUCCAACCCAUAAUUGCCUCAAAUCUGUAUCAUUAACACCAUGUGAAGGUGGAAUAAGGGAUCUUGAAAGAAUCUUGGCGCGUUUGUACAAUAGUUGAUACUCUACCUGUGUUUUUUUUUCGAAUCGAAGUGAUUGAUUUACACUGCA